GAGGGACUUGCAUCGCAUCGCAUCUGUGAGGGACAGGUACGGCAGCAUAUCAAUCGCUGGGCCCUCAGUGGAGCCCGUCGCGCACAAAUGGCUUGGCUCACCGGCGACUCUUUGCUCCUGAAUGGCCCUCGUUGGAUCUCUGCAAGAGAACUACCGUUCGGGAUAACCAUGGAAAACACAGACCAUUACGUCUUCUCUUAUCGUUACGGCCGCCGAGGGUUGAAAGUUUUGGGGCUGAGAGGAGAGAGACCAUGUGGAGCAGCUCCGAAGAAAAUGCGGGAUUUCGAGGCCACUAUUAUGAUUAUUAUUAUUACUAUUAUACAUUCAGUGGACACACAGUAGGUUAUUGCUUCUCCCAUCGUGUGUAUCCGACCGACAAGCUCGACCAUGCAGUGAAUCGAAGGCUAAACCCAUACGCACACGCACACAGCCAGCCUCCUGCCAGCUGUGCCUGGGGGAGCGAAGGAAGUACUACGGAAACUAAAGGUAGCAACAUCGGAGUUCCUGAAUAGGUAGGUAAGUGCCAACCAGAGUUCGGAGAUCGCCAUGACAGACGAUGAUUGGAGGACCAGCAUCGCAGCCUGGAAUCCCAUGGAUCCAGAAAUGUUGGAGCUGAAACUGGAGGGCGGUUCCUGAAAGGGGGAAAAAGCUGCGACAAUCUCUGGACCAAGACAGCCGAGGUUCUCACUUCCGUAUUGUGGGAAUAAAUUGCAAAGGACCGAAGUGCAUACCAAACCCAGUUUCUGUUAACAAGAUAAUUCACUGAUCUUGUGGGUACAAUAUUUUCAGCACGAUUCUGGAUGCAGAUUUUCUCGUAUUUACCUCAGACAGAAAAAAAUAAAAAAGGAGGUCGAUCCUUUGGAAUUUUACACCCGAUCACCCGAGAACUCCAAGUAGAAAUGGCCCGGGGUUGCGUUGAUGAUCCAUGUGGAGCCGAAGCAAUGACGAUAAUCCGGUGCCAAAAUCUAUUUCGCCGGUCGACACUCCGAGACGAGACCAGGUAUUAAUUUUGAGCAAGAAAUGAUGAAUUCAUACCUAAUGGAGUAAC